AUGAUCAUCAGUAAAGUUGACGGUGAUCAUUCGGUUAGAAUUCAAGUUUUUGAAUAUUUGGAUGACCGAGAUGAAAUUCUUGGUUCACCGAAUCCUAAAACUUAUAGUAGUUUGUUUUCAUGUUUACUAGUCAAUAGUCAUUGGUGUGAAAGUGUUAUACCCAUCCUUUGGCGUCAUCCUUUUCAUCGUUGUCAUAAACGAGGUGGAGAGCUUUUAAUACAAACUUUUCUCUCUUGUCUUGACAAUUCUGAACGUCAACAAUUAUAUAACGAUGGUGUAUAUGUCCCUGGAGGAAAAUAUGAUUUACCCGUUUUUAAUUAUCCAACCUUUUUAAAAAAUUUUGAUUAUUUUGAAAUGAUAUCAUUUGUAAAAAGUUGGUGUAAAUUUUACUUAGAGGAUGGUACCGAGGAAAGCGUUUCAGCAAUUUUGCGAUCGAUUUUAAAAUUAUUUGUCGCAAGGUCUGCUCACUUGAACACUUUGAGUAUUAGAAGUACUAGUUGUGAAGAAAAAUAUAUGCUAUUGACUGAACCCGCGAUUUGUCCUUUGAUCAAACCAUUAAAAAAUUUAUACAUCAAUUGUUAUUCAAUUGAUAGAUUAAAUACUGCAGAAAGUUGUCCAAAGGUCAAUCUCUUGGGUGCUCUCAUCAAGCAAUGUCAGCAUUUGAAUACAAUUAGAAUUAAUAACCUGAGCGUGAAUGAUGGAUCUUCAAUGCUCAUAGCAAAAAAACUUGCUUUACUCAUAGAAAAUCAACGAGGACUUAAACGUAUAAUUUUAUCAAGAUGUAAAAAAUUCGCCAACAUUAUAAUUCCAUCUUUGGAAAAACAAAAACGUACAUUACGACAUGUUGGAUUUCGAGGUAUCGAUUUUGAAGGAUGUUGUAAAUGGGAUACUUUAAAGUAUUGCUCAAAAUUAGAAAAAUUAGACAUUGUUGAUUGUUACAACAUAAAUGAUACCAUGAUCUCUCCUUUACUUAACCAUAAUCAUCACAAAACUUUUAAAAAUUUAAAACACGCUAGUGUAUAUAAUUGUCGACCGAUUCGUAUUAAUGAUAAAUUAGAAUCUUGGGCUUAUAGGAUUCAUUGUCGACAACGUCAAUAUUGUUAA